AUGGCGCGGCGGCUGCGCGUGCAGCGCGUGGUGGUUGGGGGGCGCGAGCUGGGCAGCAAGGACGGCGCGGCUGUGGCGCGCGGCCGGACGCGCGUGGCGGUGGCGCCAGCGGCUGGCCUGCACAGAGGCGCCGGAUCCACCAGCAGCAUCGGGGACAUCGGCGGGCUCGACGCCGAGGUGCACGAAAUCCAGCGCAUCGUCGACGGCGCGCUGCACAACUCACAGGCGUUUGCAGCGGCCGGGCUGCAGGCGCCGCGCGGCGUGCUGCUGUGCGGGCCGCCGGGCACCGGGAAGACGCUGGUUGCGCGCGCCGUGGCGACGGCCAGCGGCGCGUCGGUGCACGUGGUGAGCGGCGCCGAGGCGGCCGGCAAGUGGGUGGGCGAGGCCGAGGCGCGGCUGCGCGCGGUGUUUGCGGCGGCGGCGGCGGCGGCGCCCAGCAUUGUGUUCAUCGACGAGGUCGACGCGCUGUGCCCGCGCCGCAGCGGCUCUGGCGGCGGGGCGGCCGCGCGCGUGGUGGCGACGCUGCUGGCGCUGCUGGAUGGCGUCGGCGACCGCGGCCGCGUGGUCGUGCUGGCCGCCACCAACCGGCCCGACGCGCUGGACGCGGCGCUGCGCCGGCCGGGCCGCUUCGACCGCGAGAUCGACGUGCCGGUGCCGUCGCCGGCCGCGCGCCUGCAGAUCCUGCACGCGCGGCUGGCGCGGACGCCGCACGCGCUGGACGGCGCGCAGCUGGCCGCCGUGGCCGCCGCCACGCAUGGCUUCGUGGGCGCCGACCUGGCGGCGCUGGUGCGCGAGGCCGCCGUGGUGGCCAUCAAGCAGGCGCCCGCCGCCCUGCCCGUCGCCAGCCUGCGCAUCACGCACGCGCACGUGCAGGCCGCGCUGCGGCUGGUGGCGCCCAGCUGCAUGCGCGAGGCCGCGCUGGAGAUCCCCAGCGUGCGGUGGGCCGACAUCGGCGGCCAGCACGCCACACGCCAGCUGCUGCGCGAGAGCGUCGAGUGGCCGCUGCGCCACCCGGACGCCUUCCGCCGCAUGGGCGUGCGGCCGCCCAAGGGCGUGCUGCUGUACGGCCCGCCCGGCUGCAGCAAGACGCUGACGGCCAAGGCGCUGGCCACCGAGGCUGGGCUCAACUUCAUCGCCGUGCGCGGCCCCGAGCUGUUCAGCAAGUGGGUCGGCGAGUCCGAGAAGGCCGUGCGCGCCGUCUUCCGCAAGGCGCGGGCCGCCGCCCCGGCCAUCGUCUUCUUCGACGAGAUCGACGCGCUGACCGUCAAGCGCGGCGCGUCGGGCUCGGCGUCGGUCGCUGACCGCGUGCUGGCCCAGCUGCUGGCCGAGCUGGACGGCAUCGAGCCGCUGGUCAAUGUCACUGUCGUGGCCGCCACCAACCGCCCCGACGUGAUUGACCCGGCCAUCCUGCGCCCCGACCGCAUCGACCGCCUGGUCUACGUCGGCCCGCCCGACCAGCCCGCGCGCCGCGAGAUCCUGGACAUCGCGCUGCGCAAGACCGCCUGCGCGCCCGACGUUGACUCUGAGGCGCUUGCCGCGCGCACCGACGGCUUCUCCGGCGCCGAGGUGGUUGCGCUCUGCCAGGAUGCCGCCAUCGGCGCCAUGGCCGAGGACGCCGACGCUGCCUGCGUCGCCAUGCGCCACUUUGACGCCUGCCUGCUUUCGUUCAAGAAGCGGAUUACCCCCGAGAUGCUGCAGUUCUACGCCGACUUCCAGAACCGAUCGUGA